GUUGCUUGAGAUCUAGAAGUUGCGUUUGCUAAAGAGGCCCGAGCUCAGCAACGCUAGCCUCCGCGUUCACCCAAGGGAAACCGCGACCGUUUACUUGGGAUCUACCGGACUAGGGACCGACGACAACUGCUGCAGCCGUAACCUUCUACCUUCGGAACUACCAAAAAACCCAAACCAUCGCCAUGUCCGAAAACGCGGCCCCAGGAAGCGCAAACAAUACGGGCGCAGACAGCUCGCGCGGAAUGCCUUACUACGAGAGACUGCGACGCGACUUGCGCGAAUCGCUCAACAAGAAGCGCUUGAUCGACAACAGUCUUCUACAACUAGAGGACAACAUCCUCCGAGUCGAGACGCAGUACCUCGAAGAGACGAGCGCCGGAAACAUCAUCAAGGGCUUCGACAACUACAUCAAGGGAGCGGCGACUACCACAACAGCAGGAGGAGCCGGCACCGCGACCAGACGGAAAGCGCCCAUCAGUGAUGCAGACCGGAUAUUCAGUCGGAGCUCUACAAGCUUCUUGAGGGAAUCGUCAACACCGGGCUCUGCGACGCCAUCGCACGCUCCUACACCAACUUCGUCCUUCCCUACGCGCGAAUCGAGCCAACCCACAAACGGUGCGAGGCCAGGAGGAAGCAAAAAGAAGAAGGCAGCGGACGACGAAGACGAAGACGGCAACAAGACGAAGCGACAAAAGAUUUCCUACGGACGCGAGUGAGCACCCGAUCCAAGACGCCGACAUCGCCCGCUUCGAAAGCGGUGGGAUACAAGAGCCCUGAAAUUACAAAAGAGUACCAAAGUUUCUCCUAGCGAGCAAUUUGUUCGAGGACGAUUGCGCGUCCUAUGGGUCCCGCGACACAGAAUCUAACAGACCUACCAACAAGAUAGGAAGGUACAAAAGCAUCGGUUAGGCAG